AUGAGAGAACUGUCCAUUGUUAAUAGAAAGUUAGAUGAAUUCAAGAAAGAGAUUGAACUCAGCAAGAAAAGAUUUGAUAAGCAUGCAAAAAUCUUGGAUACCUCUUUUAAAUGUAACAAAAAGAAACCUACUCUUAAAGCACCAUUAUCUGUAAACUAUGGUAAGACUGCUGAAACAGGACACCAGAAAGUUUUGCAAUCCUUUAAGCACAGUUCUGCACAAAUGUCAGAUGAGAAUAAUGAUUUCUGUGAACGUGAUUGUGCAACCAAUAAGGAACAACAUGAUACUUUGUGCCCCGAAAAGACUGAGAUGAUAAAUAGGCUUGAACAAAUGCAGUCAAAUAACUGUCAAACAGUUUAUCAAGAAAAGGAAAAUUGCUCUGAACCAUCAAAUUAUGCCAGAAACCUUCCAUGUUUAAUGAAAUGCCCAAGUGUAACUGUAGAAGUUCGCAAUAGUGUAGAUAAUAUGCCUAAAUCAGGAGAUUUAAUGAGUGGUUCUAAAUGUGUCUCUGAAGCAGUGAACAGUACAACUAUUACUGAUACAUUCUCAGAUGAAAUAAUAAAUUAUAAAUGUGAUUCAUUAAUGUGCAAAGUUACGAAUGUAGGAUGCAUUUGCAAAUGUGAUACUGAUGUUGUAGGUGGGAUGCAGGUAACAAUAAUUCAGCAAGAGAAUGAGUCUUCAGGAGGUAAAGUUUCCAUUGAAACUGAACAAAAUUUUAGCCCACAAUCUGAUGUGAAAAUGAGUAAGGAUGAUACCAUAGAUUUUAUCAAAGAUACACAAGAGGUAAAUGCUGCAGAAAGUCAAGUGAGUGAAUUGGAAAUAUGUUCAAAAAAAGAUAGAACUUUAGACGAUGAAGGGGAUGAACAGUGUACUCAUCUGGUAUCGUGUGCUGAAACUGCAUUGAGAAAUUCUUCAAAAAAAUGGUUUGCAGAAGUGUUUGUGAGCACACUAGUCAGGAAAGAUAUGCAUACAAAUCACAAGAAAAUUUUUUUGAAGGGAAAUCAAAAGAAAGGCACUUCUCUGUCAGUUAAUGGAAAACCUGACAAUAACAGAGAUGGUAGUCAGGCAGAAAUACUGCACAAAUAUUGGCUGUUGUGGAAAGAUCACACCUUCAGAGAAAUGCAAAAGACUAAAGUUGAUCGUCUUCUGAGUGCCCUGGAGGAAUUCCAAAAGAAUGACCAACCAGAACAACAUGUGCAACAAAGGGCUGGCUGCCACAGUGCGGGUCCUGUAUUAGACAGUCAAAAUGUACGGAAUAGUAGAGAAGAUCUGUCUAAUAUGGCAGCUUACAAGAAGAGAAAAAAUAUAAGAAAAUCUGUUCGCUGCCAGUCAAUGCCAGCCACAUCAAAUGUUACAAGUUGCCAGAUCAACAAAAGAAGAGGAAGAGAAAGAAACAGAAAACAACAGGAUAUGAUCGAUCAUAUUGAGAACAAAGUGCGUGAACUAAGUGCAGAAAGACAGAAGAGGGAGGCUGCCCUGUCUCAAGAGAAAGAAGAAAUGCACAUGAAACCUUAUGGAAAAGUGCCAUUCUGGGCUCUACAACCAACAAGACUUAUUGCCAGUGAGAGCAUACGCCGUGCUCAGGAGAGGAAAGAAGCAAUCAAACUACGACUAGAAACAAAGAGGCUGCAGCAGGAACAACAGGCUGCUGCUGAACAAAUGAGGUUGGAGGCUGAAAGAGAAAGAGUGCGUGCUCUGCAUGAACUGGUGUGGACACAAUAUAAACGGAAAGUUUCCCGUCGACUCUUACUGGAUCCACUACGUGCUCUUGUUGCUGAAAGUCAUCAGAAACAAGCUCAAGCCUCUGCUUUUGCUUGUCGUCUGUUGCUUAGGAAGUACUGGAAGGCAUGGAGACAAAUUACAUUUGAGAAAAUGAAUGUGCUUUCAGAAGUAGUGCGGCGAAUUAGGAUGAGGCGUGCUUUUCAGGCAUUUCUUGAGAUUAAAGCUGACAGUAGGAGGCAGCAUCAAGUAGCAGAAGAUUUUUAUGAUGUAUGGAUAUUGAAAAGACAGGCAUUUUUAAGGUGGAGGAGCUUUGUAGAAGAACAGUUGACUCAUGAAGCAGCUGUAAUGCAAAUGGCAUUAGAGCAUUAUAAUAGAACACUGAUUUGCCGCUACUUCAGGCAAUGGUACAAGGUGCGAGAUGAAAAGAAACGUAAAGAACGGCUUGAAGUGUGGCGUAUACGUGUACGUGAAAUACUUCCAGACUUCAUGCCUCCUGAUACAGACUAGCACUACAGGGCUUACAUAUUACACAAAAUAAUGCACAUAACAAAAUGUGUUUUAUGUUACAGCCUGUAAAUAUACACCUUUACUGUUUCAAUUAAGCAACAGCUGGUGUGAAUUGAUCUUACAUACUGAAGGAAAAUGGAAUCACUAUUAAUUAUUUGAAAAAUCCUUUGAUUGUUCUUCUUUUGCAAGAGCAGGUUUUACUCUUUCUUUUUGUUUGUAAUA